UUUUUCAUAUGUUUUGCUUGGUACAACAGUUGAGUCACCCCAAUCACCAUCCAACAACCUCCUGACGUAGUGAUUCUCGCCACAGCUCGCGUUCAUGCGUGUGUUGCAUCUUUCUGAAGGCGUGUGCACCGAGAAGAGCUCUCCAUGUCUGAAGACGGCUGCCGUCUUAAUUGUUUACAGCAACAGAUAAGGCUUCUUUCUGAGACCUUCUCUGCGGUCGCCCGUUUGUGGAGUGUGUGCGUGUGCGAUUGGACAAUUGAGAUGGUGCAGAGGAAAAGGAUCGUAUGUCCCCAUCUGUCGAUCGUGGAGCUUCACGAUGUAAUAGUUUCAUUGCUAUCACGAUUUAUUUGAGCUUAACCAGUAGGCUUUCAUGUGGACGACAUCCAAUCGUAGCGAUUUGGAGAACUCCAGUUUUUGUUAGCAACUUGCCAUCCACCGAAUCUUGCUGCACUUCCCGGAUAACCGGAAGAUUGCUGUGAAAGUAGCAACAUCAUCAUCAUGCACCAUCCAUUCAGUUCACCACUACGGGCGUCGUCGUGCAUUGGUUAAAACAAACCAAAUAGUGCAAGCUAGUAGUACAGCAAACACGCGAAAAGGAAACAUAGUCGUCGCUGGCCCCGCUGUCGUUCGCGUCCAAUAAUCGUAUCCAAUUACCACCGAAAACUAAUACCCCUGACGUGAGCGAGUGCUAGAUUGGCUUCCUGUGCGUUGCUACGGAGCAAAAACAACAAGAAGCAACCCGUGUGGCAGUUCGUUUGCGGAAAACGGAAAAAAAGAAAUCGCGACGGGUGCGUGCGUGAAAAGCAAGCAUCCCGCAUGUCGCUGACCCGCCCCUGACGGUUAACGCGGGCGUCGUCUUUGUCGUCGUCGUGGGUCGGCCGGGGAGCUGAUAGUGUUUCAUGUCCGCCAGCAACAUUAUCCGCCUGCUUAUGGUGUUUGGCUUAUCAGCGCAGGAACCGACGACAGUAGUGAAAAGGUCACACCGUAACCACGCCAAUCCGUUCCCUUCACCAUCCGGUUGAGGUUUCGCUGCGCAGUGAUGGCGAACGCGACCGAAAAUGGAAUCGAUCUGGAAUGUUUUCUCGUGACGAAACACUCGUGGAAGGGCAAGUACAAGCGCAUCCUGUCGAUCGGUUCGACCGGCGUUGCGACCUACAAUCCGGACAAGUUCGAUGUAACCAACCGGUGGCCGUACGGUGAGGUAAUCAGCGUCCUACCGAACCGAUCCGGUAAUACGGCGUAUGAGUUUGUGCUGAACCUACGGAAGGACAAAAAGAUUGACACGAUCAAGCUAUCAUCCGAAAACCGCAGCGAGAUACUCACGUCGCUGCUGAAAUACCACAAAGAUUUCGCCGAGAAGCCGAAACAAACACUGGAUGAUGUAGAAAGUCCUGUCGAGUCGUUCUAUUCGUCAUCUUCUUUCCCAUCGUCAGCUUCAUUGCAUUCCACCGUCAGCAACAACACUCCGGCGGCCCCCGGCGCACAGACCGGCGGUGGCAGCAGGAGCGUUGAGUGGACGUGGUGGUUAAAGGCAAUUGUCGCAUCAUUUCUACCGCUGACACCACCGGUUCUGCCAUGUUUGCCGUGCUGCACGGUGCUAAAAAAAUACAAUGCCUACAAACACCAUUGGUCCGGUACAACGCUGCCGACGGUGCUGGAAGUGACGCCCGGUUCGCUGGAUCAGCUCGAUCCCACCACCAGCACGGUGCUGGCCAGCUACAACUACAAAGACAUCGAUGGAAUCAUCGGCAUACAGGAUUACCCGAACGGGAUCGUGCUGGCGUACGGUGGGCACAGCCGGUUGCAUCUGUUUCGCGUUGAGAACAAUCACGAAAUCGUGCAAAUGAUCGUGCAGAACGCGCAGCAGCAUCUCGGCAUCGACAUCAAGGUGCUGAAGAAGCAAAUCUCGCUCGAACAGUUCGAGCAGCAACGCUUCGGUGCGUACAGUGGCGAUCAGCACCAAACGUCCAUGUCGGAGUUUACCGUGCAGAAGAUCACGCCGCGCCAUUCGGAACCGAUGCGACGCAUUCUCUGCCUCACCGAUACGACCGUGCUCGAGCGCGAUCCGCAAACGUACAGCAUCUGCACGCUGCGGCCGCUGGAUAACGUUUACGCGCUCGUACGGCACGCGGACAACAUUCAAAAGUUUUCGAUCGAGUACAAAAAUGGACUGGUGCGGGCGUACAUUACGAACGAUCGUGAUUCGCUGCUCGCCACACUGCUGGACGCGGUACGAUCGUGCGGCAAUCAGGAUGUGCACGUGCGCAUCUCGAACACGCCGCGCGGCAAAAGGGUCGGCCCGCUGACGGUGAGCGUGGACGAAGAGACGGAAGCGAAUCUGCUGCGCUACAUCAUCAGCAACUAUCAGUAUCCGGUGAAGCGGAUCGAUGUGAUGGAGCGCUUCAAUGCGAACAUUCCGUACAGUGGGUUGAACUACAGUGUCACGCAGGAUAGUCUGUUUGCCGAAAGUAAGGAGCGACUGAUAACGGGCGCACUGCAGGCUUUGAUUGGCAGCAAGGAGGAUAACGCCCAGCUGAACAACGUUGAGCUGGAGGCAUCGUUUCACGUGCUGCGCCGGCUGCUGGCAAGUAAGGUGGGCUUCGCUGCCUUUACGAAUCUCCCCGGCUUUCGGGAAGCGAUCGGGUUGAAGGUGGUGCACGCGCUGAAGCGUAACGAUCUCGCUGUGACGUACGCCGCCAUCGACAUGAUCAACUCGCUCAUGCACUCGGACCACGAUCUGAAGCAGGAGCAGCUGAACAAAUCGUCCCUGCUGCACACGAAAGCCUUUCUCGAGCAGCUGCUCGACAUGUGGAGCAAGCACGUGAACCUGGGCAGCGGAGCGCUCGUACUGUCGGCCAUGCUGGACUUCCUAACGUUCGCCCUGUGCGUGCCGUACAGCGAAACGACCGACGGGAAGCAGUUCGAUCUGCUGCUGGAAAUGGUUGCCGCGCGUGGCCGCACGCUCUACCGACUGUUUCAGCAUCCUUCGCUGGCCAUUGUCAAGGGCAGCGGGUUGGUAAUGCGUGCCCUGAUCGAGGAGGGCGACACGGCCAUAUCCACCCAGAUGCAGACGCUCGCGCUGGACGAAGCGGCCCUGUGCCGGCAUCUGCUGGUGGCACUGUACACGCCGACGAACGAUUCCACCAUGAUUACCCACCGGCAGCUGUCACGGCAUCUGGUGGGGCUGUGGAUAACGGACAGUGACGAAGCGAUGAAUCUGUUGAAGCGCAUCUUCCCCGCCGGACUGCUCUCGUUCCUGGAAAGCGAAGAGCCCGUCCCGAAGGAGGACGUCGAGGAGGAUAAGCUCAACUUCCGCGACAACCUCAAGCUGGCAGUACAGCAUGCCGGCGCAAACAACGGUAGCAAGCAGCGCCUAAACUACUUAAUCGAGAAGCACCUGGAGGGCAUCAAGCACUGGGGCAUGAAUCUGCUCGACGUGCGGCAGGAAAAGUUGCAGCAAGCGCAGAAGAACCGGCCGAUCGUGUUGCGCAACCGGCGGCAGAAGAAGAAGGUCGGCGAGCAGGUGGUAAAUUUGCCGCUGUUUUUCUACCAGUUUGGCAGGACGCACGCGAUGCCGAACCUGAUCUGGAACCACAAGACGCGGGAAGAGUUGCGGUCGGCGCUGGAGAAUGAGCUGCGCCAGUUUACGGCCGACAAGGAUCUGGCCGGUGGGAUGCUGGUGGCGUGGAACUACGACGAGUUCGAGGUGCAGUACCAGUGUUUGGCGGACGAGAUCAAGAUUGGCGAUUACUACAUCCGGUUGCUGCUGGAGCGAGACGAUUGGCCACAGAAUUUGGUGAAAAAUCCCAUCGAGCUGUUCAACGCGCUGUAUCGGAGAGUGUUGUGCCGGAAUCGUUUGAACGACGAUCAUCUUACGGUAACGUCGUUGCAAGCGCUUGCCAAAGUGUACAAGCGGUACUACGAGGAGAUUGGCUACUUCAGUGAUAUGCCGUACAUACUGCAAAUGUUAGAUAGGUGUCUUUCUCCAGCGCUACGUGACGCGUUGAUCAUACUGAUCAAGAACCUGGUGCUGCACAAAUCAAACUGCCGCCCGCUGACCGACCACGUGAACUAUCUGGUCGAUCUGAUCACGCUGGCCCACCUGCACAAAGGGCGCGCAACGCUCAACACCAAAACGAACGUCAUCGAGGCCGGCCCGAACAUGAAGCUGCACGAGGAGAAAGACUGGUACUACAAUGUGGAGCGUGAGAACGAAAAGCCGGAACGCUGCGGACCGGUCACGUUCUCCGAGCUGAAGGAGCUGUGGGCGAAGGGCGUGUUGACGCCCCGUACCCGCUGCUGGGCGGUCGGAAUGGACGGGUGGCGUUCGCUGCAGCAAAUACCUCAGCUAAAGUGGUGCCUCAUGGCCAAGGGCACACCGCUGUUUAACGAAACCGAGCUGGCCCAGCACGUGCUCGACAUCCUGAACAAGUGCACCAGCUUUUUCCCGAGUCGAGCCCGCGACGGUGAGGCCGUUCUCAUACCGGGACCACGGCUAUCGCGCAAGCUGUCGGAAUUUGUCUGCCUGCCGCAUAUAGUGCAGGUGUGCCUGACGCACGAUCCGGGCCUGCUGGAGCGCGUGGCGACCUUGCUGUGCCAGAUCAUGGAGGACAAUCCGGAAAUGUCGAAGGUGUACCUGACCGGCGUGUUUUACUUCAUGCUAAUGUACACCGGCAGCAACAUUCUGCCGAUUGCACGCUUCCUCAAGAUGACGCACAUGAAGCAGGCGUUCCGCAGCGAGGACGGCAACUCGCAGUCGGGCAUUAUGCAUCGCAGCAUCCUAGGGCAGCUGCUGCCGGAAGCGAUGAUCUGCUUCCUGGAGAACCAUAGCGCGGAAAAGUUUGCCGAAACGUUUCUCGGUGAGUUUGACACGCCCGAGGUGAUCUGGAGCUCGGAGAUGCGGCGCAUGCUGAUCGAAAAGAUUUCCGCCCACAUCGCCGACUUUACGCCGAAGCUGAAGGGGCACACGAUGGCGCGGUACCCGUACCUGGCGAUUCCGGUGAUCAGCUAUCCGCAGCUCGAGAAUGAGCUGUUCUGCCACAUCUUCUAUCUGCGGCAUCUGUGCGACACGACCCAAUUUCCCAACUGGCCCAUACCUGAUCCGGUUCAACUGCUGAAGCACACGCUGGAUGCAUGGCGCAAGGAGGUGGAAAAGAAACCGUCCGAAAUGACCGUCACGCAGGCGUACCUCGAUCUGGACUUUGACGUCAGCAAAAACCCUCACCCGGAGGAAUCGGCCAUUCGGAAGGCUUACUACCGGCUGGCGCAGAUGUAUCAUCCGGACAAAAACCCCAACGGAAGGGAAGUGUUCGAGCGUGUCAACCGUGCCUACGAGUUCCUUUGCUCCCGAAACGCACUCAACACCGAUGGGCCGAAUCCGAGCAAUAUUGUGCUUAUACUGCGCACCCAGUCGAUCCUGUUCGAGCGCUAUGCGGACGAGCUACGGCCGUACAAGUACGCCGGUUACCCGCAGCUCAUCAAAACGAUACGGCUGGAAACGAAGGACGAUCAGCUGUUCUCCAAAGCGGUACCGCUGCUCAGUGCCGCAUCCGAGCUGUGCUAUCACACGGUGCAUUGUUCGGCGCUGAAUGCGGAGGAACUGCGCCGCGAGGAAGGCAUCGAAGCGCUGCUCGACGCUUACUCGCGCUGCGUCUCGAUAAUGGGUGUGGAUUCGAAGCGCGAUUCACUGCACUACGAGGUGAUCUCGAACGUUACGCGCUGUUUCGAUGUGGCCUGUUGCUUUGACAGCUGCCGAAAGAAGAUGCUCGAGCUGCCGCAGCUGAUGGCGGACGUGUGCCGGGUCGUUUACUUCAAGCAUUCGCUGUCCGUUAGCCUGGUGACGAGCUUGGCGGCGAACAACGUUGAGCUGCAGUGCAAUCUCGUGCGCAACGGUGUGCUGUGGUCGCUGCUGCUGUUCCUGUUCGAUUACGACUUUACGCUGGACGAGAGUGGCGUCACGUCGGAGGAAAAGUCCAACACCCAGCAGGUGGCGAACAAUCUGGCCAAACUGUCGCUGUUGGCGUGCGUUGCGCUGGCCGGGUACAGCAUGACGCUGGUCGACGAUCCGAAGGCGGCCGUACUGAGGGCGACAACGGCGGGACCGAAGGCAAACAGUAGCAGCCCGUCGGUGCUGCGCAGCGAUUCACCGCUCACUGUCGCGACACGGCAAGCGGGUCAACCCUACUCGCAGAACGCGUCGAAUUUAAUACAAAACAACUCGAGCUUGAUACAGUCGGUGGCCAACAUUGACAAGGUGUUGCAGGAGAAGAAAGGCAACGAUGGGUCGGGCGUGGUUGCUGCCGCCGGGGAGGAACCGGACCAUCCGGCCGAGUGUGAGAAGGGUCUGCAGAACAAGAAGUACAAAAUCAGCAGCGUUCAGCCACCGGCGAAUGGAGUGGUGAAGCAGAUACUGGACCAGCUGCUGACACCGUACGUGGCCGGCAAGAUGGUGACGGACAGUGAGCAGAACGUGCUGAAGAUGUUAAACUCGAACACGCGCAAUCCGUACCUGAUCUGGGACAACGGAACGCGGGCCCAGCUGACGGACUUUCUCGAGCAGCAGCGUACGGUCGCGACGAAAGAGCAGUAUGAGGAUGUGUCGGAAGUCAGCGAGCUUGUGCAAGGGUUUUCGUUCGAUGCACACCGCGACGAGCUUAAGAUUGGUGGAAUAUUCAUCCGCGUGUACAACGAAAUGCCAACGUACACGAUCACCAACCCGAGAAGCUUCGUGAUCGAUUUGUUGGAAUUUCUCAAGCAAGGUUACAACCAUCUGCACGGUGCAGCAGAACCGUUCGCGCCCAGUUCCGGUGCCAACCCACCACCACCGACCGCGGGUGGAAUACUGGUGCCGACGAAAGCCUGGAAACCGAUGGUGCCACCGCCGCCGGCAACGAAGCGUACCGCUGGCAUCCAAUCACCGGCAGCCACGCCCGCCAGCAGUGACAUUAGCGCCGUGCUGAGUGAAUACGCUCGUUCGAAGCAGCGCAACCAGCUGGAACGCUCGUCCGGCGGCGUCGAGUCGCAGCGGUACGAUUUCACCAACAAUCCGCACGCCAUAACCCAUCUGCUAAUGGCCCUGCAAGCGCUCAUCUCGGUGAUCAAGUCGAACACGAGCGUGGAAAUCCAAUGCAUCGGCCAUUUCGAGAUGCUGUUCGGGUUGCUGUCGACGAGCGAAUGCGGACCGGACAGCCGUACGAUCAAAACGCUCGCCCUCGAGGUGGUGUGUCUGGUGUCGCGGAACAAGGAGUGCGUGACGGAAAUAGCGGCCUGCGAAAUCGUGGGCCGCUACCUGAUCGUGCUGAAGGAUGCGGAUCUGCGCGAACAUCAGCCGCGCGUCCUCGAAACGCUGUCCGGGUUGCUGAACGUACCGAAAAUGAUUAAGGAAGCGCAUACGAAGGGUGCCGUCAUCUAUCUGCUCGAUCUGUUCUGCAACGCGAACAACCCGGCCAUCCGGGAGCAGUGUGCCGAGCUGCUGGCCAAGAUGAACGCGGACAAGCUGAGCGGUCCGAAGGUGCGCAUCACGCUGUGCAAGUAUCUGCCGCCCGUGUUUCUGGACGCGAUGAUCGACUCCACCUCGGUGGCGGUCCAGAUGUACGAAUCGACGCACGAACACCCGGAGCUGAUAUGGAACGACGAGAUCCGGGCCUGUGUGUCGGACGCGGUACGCGAUAUGGCGGACAGCUUCCAUGCGCAGCAGAAGCGCAACCCGAAGGUGGCUUGGCGCGAUCCCGAGAUACUGCCCGAGCUGCUGUCGAACGAGCUGGUUGUGGCGGGCGUGUACCUGCGCCUGUACGUGUCGAAUCCGGGCUGGACACUGCGCAAACCGAAACAGUUCCUGGCCGAUCUGCUCGACUUCAUCGUGGACAGCAUCAGCCGCAGCGGGAUCGAUGCGGAUGUGUUGGAUCUGGCCACCAACGCACUGGUGCUGUUGCUGAACGCGCAGCCAAAUCUGGCCGAUGCCGUACCGGUGCUGGGGCACAUACCGAAGUUUUUCCGCCAGCUUUCCGUUCAGCCAAAGAGUGCCCUCACAGUAUUGCAUCAGCUUUCCCUUUCGGAGAUUUGUGUCAGCGCCAUCUCACAGACGGAAUGCAUACCGUCGCUGAAGUCGUGCAUGGAGCACCAUCGGGAUCUGACGGCGACUGCGUGCGAAACGUUGAGUCGAUUGUUCAAGUGUCAACAUGACUCACUGAUACGUCAAUCACUAGAGUGUCAAUUAAUUCCCUACCUGGUCGCACUGCUCGACAGUCGGCUGGUGCUGGCGCACAACCCGGCGAUGGUAAAGGCACAGAUAGUGGCCGCACUGAAAGCGAUGAGCGCGAACCUAACGUACGGUGAUCGGGUGACGCAUCUGCUCAACCAGUACCCGAUCUGGGCGGAAUACCGUGACCAGAAGCACGAUCUCUUCAUCACCGAUACCGAUGUGCGCGGAUAUCUAAUGGGCGCACCCAACACGACGGCCGGUUAUUUGACGCAAGGGCCGGCGAAAAAUGUCGAAGUGCUCACAUCGCCACCACCGAUCGAUCGGGAUGAUCCACUGUUUGUGCGUAGCAGCAACAGCAGCAGCGGUGGCAGCGUGUAGUAUCGCCCAUCCUUCGCCCACGAAGUCCAAGUAUCCAUUGCCAGUGUGUGUGUGUGUGAGAGAGGACGAUGCGUAGGAUAGAGACAGGAGUAGGGCACACACUCAUUUCACACAAAACACACCUUUAUUUAAUCACCUUUUUAGUGUAGCGCUUACCCCGAUUCUUGGUUUCUCUUCUCCCGCUCCUUCUCCUCUAAUUCUGUUGUAAUGUGAUAUUUUAUACUAGAGCAAAAAAAGAGAAAACUGAAAUUAUAUUAUAUAGAGCCAGGAGAGAAGUAGCAGGAAGGCAGUAAAACACACACCACACACAAGAACAGCAUGCAUACACACUGCUACUACCACAGCUACCAUUACCUACCACUAAAUGCAUGCAACGAAGCGCGCUGUAAAAAUAUGAUCAUCAAUAUCCUGGCUGGUGUUGCUGGUGGUGGACGGUCUGGAAGGAUUGUACAUGCGACAAAAAAGGAUGGUUCCAAGCAAAAGGAAAUAAAAGAAACGAGCUGCUGAAUAAUACACCAACGA